UAAGUACACCAAAAAUGUGAGUGCUAAUUGUGAUAAGAGUUUUUAAGAAAAUAAAUGACGUAAUAUAAAAUGUUAGCUUGUGUUUCUCAACCUAUGGAGAAGGUGUUGCUAUUUAAAGAAGGACCACCCAUUGCCAUGGGACCGUUAGAAACCAGCAAAUUACGACAUAAUCACUCAGGCGCUAUGAAAUCCAUCAAACUCUUUCAAAAAUCAGACCGUCAACUCAGUGACGAAACAAAAGAUAGUUCUCCGUCACACACAUCAUCACCGUUACUCAUCAACGUUUCUGGAAGUCGUUUGAACCUAAGGAAACUAGAAAGCGAUAGUAAAGGAAAAUCGACGAAGAUUCUUGUUAACCCGGUUUGCUCAGACAGCGUCGGCAGUAGCGAUGACAGCAAUCGAUCUAAAAAUACAAACACCAAAUGGAACGUGAAGAAGAAACGUCUCAAGACUGAAAGUGUCAAGAUUCACAAAAAAAGCGAACGCAAAAGUGAUAAAGAUGAUCCAAUUAGUAAGGACGAAGCCAAGAAAGAUAAGAAAUCGAUAUCUUGUUUCAAAAUGAAAAGUUCCGAAGAUAAAUCACGUCUGGACGAAGAUCGAAGAUUCGGCAAAGAGAACUGUACAAACGAGAACGCUAGUAAUUUAAUGAGCUCAACGAAGCCCGACAUUAUUAAUCAUUCAAGGAAAAAUAGCAGAGAAAUCCUAGUCAAUGAAAGGACAAUGACAGAGCAGACGCUAUUAAAAACUGACCAAUUGAAGACAGGAAAGACUGAUAGUACUGUAGCAAUUAAGGAAAAUAAGUUGGGAGAAGGGGUGGAGUUGACGUUGGGCGAGCUGCGUGCUAUGGCGCUGCGCCAACAACAGCAGAUCGACACCCAGCACCAGCUGCUCUGCGCUAAGGAGCAGCGGCUGCGGUACCUCAAGCAGCAAGAAGCUAGGCAACAUCAGGUGGCCUUGGAGGGUGAGCGCCUACGGCGGCUACGAGAACGCGUAGAAGCUCAAGAGCAGAAGCUACGACGUCUACGAGCAUUGCGCGGACAGCUCGACAGAAACAAACAAGCUAACAUAGCUCUUACUAGUGACCUGGAGUCAAUACGAGCUCUCUUCAAUGAAAAAGAAAAGGAGUUGUCAUUGGCAGUGGCCAAAGUGGAAGAGUUGACAAGACAGCUAGAAGAACUGAGAAGAGGUAGAGUCCAGCCGGCACCACCUUCCGCACAUGAAUUGGAUAAGUUGAGGCGGGAACUUAUGUACCGAAACAAGCUGAAUGAACAGCAAAACGGCAGGCUGUCGGCUCAAAGGGCAGCGCUUGGGGCGAGACAAGAAGAAAUGCGAAGUAUCGAUCGACGAGUUUCCGAGCUUCAGGCGCGAUUGCUGAGGAAGAGAGCGCUCAACCGACAGCUAGCUGCGGCACACCGUCAGCCCCAACCGCCGAGCAGAAUAAAUAAUCCUGCACCUAUGCAGCAGCUUCCUAGCUACUCUGCAGGCAACACAGCGGUGACCGGUCAGUCAAAGAACCAGCAGGCGAGAGGCAAUGUUGCCGCUGUGGAGCCCUACAACCACGUCCCACACGCGCAAAGCGUCAGCCAUAAUUCUAACUUUCAGGCCAUGAAGCAGAAUGUUAUACAAAACAAUGUGCCAUUGAAACAGCUCACACAGAGCGAUAACAUUCAAAGCCAUAUCACGCAAGAAGCCCACUUCAUACAGCAAAAACAAAUGUUAAAUCCCGUGUACAAUGGUUACACACAAACACAAAUGCAAGAGAACCAAUAUCAGAACCAAUAUCCCGUUAAACAUGAAAAUUUUCACGUGCAACAAGGUAUAAGUAAUGUUUACGAGCAGAAAUUAGACAAGUAUCAAGAUUAUCUGAAGCCACAGUAUAGUCCAAACAGUACGAGUAGCUCUAACAGCAAUCAGACUGGAAAAGAACUAAAGAUUAACGAACAAGAAUUCUUACCAGAAUUCGCUGCGAGCAAGAAUGACCCUAAAUAUCAAACUUUGCCAUACAACACGAAAUUUCCACAGAGCAACAACAAGAAACAAGAUAUUAAAAACAAUGACAAUAACCAGGACCCUAAAAUUAACGUAAACCACAUGACCGUGCAUUCCACACCCUUGUCAGUUGUAAACAAAAGCCUUGCUACCCCUCUAAGUCAAACUGAAACAUAUCAGCAAGAAAAUACAUAUCAGCUACAAAAAUCCGAUUCUUCAAGUAGAUGUAACCAAGAAGGUAAAGAGAAUCAUGCAUAUCCACCGAAUAGGCUAAGUCAAACCAGUCAAAAUGAUGCGAAAGUUAACGGAAAAACCCAACAAAAUAGCUCUUUGAAAGGUAGCUCUCCCAGUUUGGGUUCUAGCACAACCAGCAGCUCCAUUGGAUUCGGUAUUGUUAGGAACACCGCAUCAGGGUUGUCGACGAGUGCUGGAAGUAACUUCAGCGGUCAGAACGCAUCUUCCCAGAGCAUAUUGCUGUCUCCACCGCAAAGCGCCAGCACACCGCUCUCUACACCCGACGUCAGUACUGACAAAUCGCCUAAGCCAGCUCUACCUCCAAAACCAACAAUUAAGACCCCACCAAGACAAUCGGUGAAUAAUGAAACGAAUUUCAAUCAACCAGAGAUCAUGCCCACCAUACCGAUACCAGAAUCGUCCACCGACACUGAUCAAACGUCCAGUCAAAAAGAAUCGAGUAACGGCAGCAACGAUAUGAUAAUAAAAGCACGCCCGUUGACGAUUCGAAAGCCACCGAUGAGCGAACAACCUAAACUACGAAAUUUAAAUCCCAAAAACGGCAUAAGCGUCAGCAUUAAUCGCCGCAUCGAAAUGCCGCCGGCCUUCUUGUUCCCCGAAAUGGAUCACUUGAACAUCGACAAUGAAAACGGCCUAAAAGAGAAAACAAAACAGAAGGACGAAGUCGACAGAUCAGUUAGUGACAAAGAAGACAGUAAAGAUAACGUUAUAGUGUCCGAUAUUACAGAACAGAUCAGCUCGGUGGACUUGAACGGGCAAGAAUCUUCUGAUAAUGUAUUGAGACGGGUUAAAAAGGGUAAUUUGAAGCAAGGCGGCAAGGCACCGCUGGCCAGACGGGUUAGCUUCGAUCCCCUCGCUCUACUGUUGGAUGCCAGUUUAGAAGGAGAGUUGGAAUUGGUUAAGAAAACGGCAACACAGGUGCAGAAUGCUAGCGCUGCAAACGACGAGGGGAUCACAGCUCUACAUAAUGCCAUAUGUGCUGGGCAUUUUGAAAUUGUCAAAUUCUUGGUAGAGUUGGGUUGUGACGUCAACGCUCAAGAUUCGGACGGUUGGACACCGUUGCAUUGCGCUGCGUCUUGUAACAACCUGGCUAUGGUUCGCUUCCUCGUUGAUAAUGGUGCGUGCAUAUUCGCCACGACGCUAUCUGAUCAUGAGACAGCGGCCGAAAAAUGCGAAGAAGACGAGGAAGGAUUUGAUGGAUGCUCAGAAUAUCUAUACAGCGUUCAAGAAAAACUCGGCAUAAUGAACAGUGGUCUCGUAUACGCAGUUUUCUCAUACACGGCAGCUCGUAGCGACGAGUUGUCUUUCGAGACUGGAACGAGACUUCAAGUUUUGAGGAAGGGGGAUGACAACGAACGCGAAUGGUGGUGGUGUCGAGAUGAUAACGGACAGGAGGGUUACGUACCUAGAAACUUGCUGGGGUUAUAUCGACGAGUAACCCCACAGCAAGAAUAAAAUUAACUCACAUUUAUGACCUGAUUAUCUUGUAAAUACAACUAAGUAGGCUUUUUAAUUAUUAUUUUUUUGUAUUUAUAUCAACUGUAGCCUAAAUAUCCAAUAUUGUAUACAAUUUUAUGAGAUCUAAUAUUUUGUAAAUAUUUAACUGUUUUAGUUCAAAAAUGAGAUUAUAAUAUUGUACAUUUUAUAAAUAUUGUGAGUCAUCAUUGAUAUUGGUCAUAUAAUUUGUAUAUUGUAAUUAGAUGUCUGCGAAUGUUGUGAAAUAAUACACAUAAACUGACAAUACAAAUAAAUCAUGAA